CAACAUGAUGUCCUGCAAGUCUCUCCUCGUGGCCCUCGUGGUCUUGGCAGCUUUGUGCAGCCUCGCCGCCGCCCAGUUCGGCUACGGAGGCUACGGCCGCGGCUACGGAGGUUACGGCCGUGGAUUCGGCGGAGGCUACGGCCGCGGAUUUGGCGGAGGCUACGGCCGCGGUUUCGGCGGAGGCUACGGCCGCGGUUUCGGCGGAGGCUACGGUCGCGGAUUCUACGGUUGAGCCACGACUUCGAUAGCGACGACGAUUUGAAUGUGCCACGCAAGACCACGCGGGGAAGCACGGAAGGAGCAGAAUCUGCUGAGAAGAAGAAAACGAAUAAAUUAUUUCUUCACCCACCAA